AUGACCCUUGUCAUGGUCGGAUUUUUUCCAAUCUUCUUCGGUCCGCUCAUUGUAACUGCCAGGAUCAUGGGCAGAGUUACACCCAAGGAGCAGCAGUCAUACAUACGCGCUGGAUCUACUGCUGAAGAGGUGAUCAGCGGGAUACGAACGGUGGUGGCGUUCAACGGACAGGAGAAAGAGAUCAAGAGGUACUCCGGCUAUCUGGAAGAAGGCAUGCGACAUGGAAUGAUAAAGGCUUUCCUCACCUCAUUCGGAGUAGCGUUUAUCAUGGCUUCUCUCUUUGUCUCCAUGGGGGUUUCAUUUUGGUACGGUACAAAGUUAGUGAUUUCGGGAGCCAUCACGCCUGGAACGGUGUUCUCCGUUUUUUGGGCAGUAAUCGGUGGAGCUUUUGCUGUUUCACAGGCAGCUCCUCAGAUUGGUGUCCUCCUUUCCAGUAUGACUGCUGCUGCUCCAAUCUUCGCCAUCAUCGAUCGGAAACCACCUAUCGAUUCCCUGUCCAAAGAAGGAAAAGUACUUGAAGAUGUUAAAGGACGGAUUUCAAUUAAAGAUGUCCGCUUUAGCUAUCCAUCUCGUCCCGAGGUUGAAGUGCUGAAAGGAGUUACAAUUGACGUGGAAAGCGGGCAGCACAUUGCAUUUGUGGGCCAUAGCGGUUGUGGGAAGAGCACACUUGUUGGUUUACUGCUGCGCUUCUAUGAACAACAGUCAGGAAAGGUAUCCAUCGAUGACGUGCCUGUUUCUGAACUGAACAUCGAACAUUUGAGGAACAUUGUUGGAGUCGUAUCUCAAGAACCAGCACUGUUUGCUGACACUGUUGAGAACAAUAUCCGUCUGGGACGAGCGGAUAUUUCGCAGCAGGAAAUGGAAGAUUGCUGUAAAAUGGCGAAUGCCCACGAUUUCAUUGUGAACCUAAGCCAGGGCUACCGAACAAGGAUAGGUGAAGGUGGAGUUCAGCUUUCCGGUGGUCAAAAGCAGCGUGUUGCCAUUGCUCGAGCUCUUGUCAGAAAUCCACGAAUUCUGUUACUCGAUGAGGCGACGAGUGCUUUGGACGCUGAGAGCGAAAGCAUUGUUCAGCAAGCGCUUGAAAACGUAUGUCUGCAGCACUAA